AUGAUACCACAUUUCAACGCGCAAGGUGAACUGAUUGAUCCUGCAGUCGAUGGCAUGCCGCAGGUAAAGAUUUCCAAGCGGACAGCGUCGGGCUCAUCGCUCAUGGACAUCGGUCUUCCCUUCCAACACGCGCAGUCAGCGAUUUCUGUGGUAUCGCAGACUCGACCGAGCGCCGGUCCUUUUCCGGUCACCAAUCCUGUUAUCGGGCCUCACAUGACCGUGAUACCCGUAGCGAGACCUGCACCGAUCAUCCCUCCGCUCACGCGCGGAGAGCCCGAGACCAUUGACCUUACCGCUGACGAACCAGACGCUCCUCCCACUGCGGUCGAAGCCGCUCCUCCACCACCCUCCGCCGCCCCCGCCACUCCUACUAAGAUGCCGGCAACCACUGAUUCAAGUCCGAGCCCGGGCGGCGCCGCGCGCUUGACAAUUCGUCUUCCCGCUCGUAAAAGAAAGACUGAGCUCGAUCCGUCGUUUACCCGUACGCCCAGCCGGACGACCCCUGUCGUUCCUGUUCCCUUAUUCCCUGGAAUGGACGUCGGGCGUCCCCAGCAAGGUACGAGCCGUCCAAAUGCGCCUGCCAGUGUUUCCUCCGCGAGGCGGGUUCGCAAGAAGAGGUGUUUUCCCUCUGAUCGCGCAGACGACUCGAAAGGCCUGUGGACGGGUCCAACCUCUGCCCGAAAUCCGGAACAUCACAACGCCUCCAGCAGCAAGGCCACUGGCGUGACUGCCGGUCCCCCGCUUGAUCAUGCCGCAACUGUACAAGAUCAUAUGGCGAAAUCAUUACUAUCUUCGGACGUCGCUGUACUCCCAUUGCCAGGCAAAGACUCAUCUGCCGCUGAAGCCACUCUGGACUCCCUGGCUGACGAAAGCAUGGUCCUGGAUGAUCUCGACGAUUUGGGAGAACUGUGUUAUCCCGAGGAGGAUCCAGACGCCUCCAUACGCAUUGAUCAGCUGUCUGCGGACACCGCAUCUGUGGCGGUGAAAUAUGAAGAUACGGACACCGGCAAGGCUAUCGAUACUAUCCUCCCGCUGGAUCCAGAAGUACGUCAACCGUCCGAGGACCCUGGCGAGAGGAUCAUGGCUUGCCUCACACCGCCGCCGCCUCCGGCCUCCCCACCUCAAGUUGAGGUCAAGCUCGAAGGUCUGCAACUAUCGGAACCAUGCCAAAGUACACCCGCUCCUGAACAGAGCAGUACAGUUCGUUCGUCCAGCAUUAUGGACAGCGAACUUCCCGACCCGCGAGACUCACUUUCAGACUUGUCUGACUUGACUCCAGUCGAAGACUCCACUGACUCGGGAGAAACGGAGAUCGACCCGUUAGACAGCGAGCGGGAAGAUCAGACCGUCUCACAGCCGGUCGCCCGUCCUUCGUUGACGAUAAGGCUGCCGGUUAUGCAUCGGACCUGCAAUCAUCCCACCUGUAAGCGUCCGAUACCUGCGAAUUACCGCUGGAAGUUAUGCAUGGAAUGCCGUGAAAGAGGCCGUCUCUACCAGAGGAAAAGGCUUGGAUUUGAGGGUCGUAAGAACGAGCUCGAGGAGUACCUCGAGGACCCUAGCCUGAUUACUACGCUGCCUACUUCUUCGAGCGGGCGCAUCUGUAACAACAGGUCCUGCAAUAAUGUCCUUCCUCCAGACUAUCGGUGGAAGCUAUGCGAGACUUGCCGAGGAGGGUCUCGGCAAGCCCUUCGUUGGUCCGCGAAGUCUCUUCCUGGGCUGUCAUCCGACCUGCACGAUCCACGGGACGAAGAUGCAACCGAAAGUGACGAUGCUCUACCGAAGGUCCCGCGUGGGCCGUACUACAGGAAAAGAACUCCCGGUGGCACAUUACAGGCUGUACCCGAAACUAUCGAUCAAUCCUCGAUUCCUAAGCCCGUCAGUCCUCCAGCGCAUCGCGUUUGUAGGACUCCAUUUUGCGGUACUCUUGUCCCGCUUUCGUCCAGAUCGAAAUUCUGUAGUAGUUGCCGUCGCCGAACGUCCCAGCUGCGACAUGAGGAGGACGAAGUUUCUGAGCCCGACAUACCUUUGUCAAGCCUGGUCAAGCCUGGACGCAAGAAGAAAGCGAAGCGUAGGCGGGAAAGUCCACCUGGUGAGAGGGUGACGAAGUCCGAGCCAAAGCGUCCGUCGUCCUUGUGGGACAACUUCGUUCCGCCUCCGCAGCCACCAUCGUUGUUCCCUCGAAUAACUCACUUUCAGCACAUCGGCGCUCUCGUGAAAGUCUUCAAGACUCGGCUGUCCGGAUUCUUCCACGCGCAGGGACUGUACAUACGGCAUAAGAUCGACAUGACUGGAAGGCUGGACCAGGAGGGCGAGCUCCCCGUGAUCUUCGAGUUCGACGGCGAGUAUGCUAUUGUGGCAUAUUCGUGGCACCACGCGAGCCAGGUUCAACAUUGGGCCGACGAUACCACCAAGCUUAUGGAGGAUAGCCUAGGCCUGAAGUUUCAUCUCAUGGGCUCGUUUAUGGCUCCUGGUGGCGCUAUUGUCACCCGUUUCCACUGCCAGCAUGAUAUUAUUGUUCCUGUCCCCGCAAAAUCGCCAGUAGCGUCUGGGCCAGUCAAACGGGAGCCGUCGGAAGAGCUGCCAAGUGCCGGUGUGCUUGUCAAGAGGAUGGCAGGCGAGCUUGAAUUGACCGUUCUUGCUGAUCGGACACACCCGUUCAUUCCUGGUCAGAAGAUCGUCGUGCGCUUUCGUAUGGUUGGCUGA